AUGGAGAAAAUGCAGGAAGAGUAUGAAAAUGCUGUAAGAAAUAAAAGACGAGACAAGAAGCGAGAGUGUUAUGUCAACAAAGAUGGUGAACCUGUUGUCCACAGGAGUGACAUAGUUCAUGAUGAUGUUCUUUUAGUAAUUCCUCUAUCCGGCGAGUAUUACUCAAGUGUUGAAAAAGACAAAACCUACAAGAAAAGGCUGGAUAAAAUCAUCAGAGAUGCUAUGACAUCAAGUCUGAGGAAGAGAGAUGAAGAAAGAAUGAAGAAAAAUGUUGAGUGUAUGGUGAACGAUUUGAAGAAAGUUGCUGAAAAGGUUAAAAUCGAAGCUGUUAAAGAAGAAGAUGUGAAGAUUUCUGAAGCUGUGAAAGAAACUGUUACUGAAGAACAGAAGGUUGAGAAAGCUGUUAACGAAGAACAGCAGUUUGAUGAGAUGAAGAAGAAAGAAGAAAGAAGAAAGAAGAAAAAGAAGAAGUGA